AUGGCGAUACGCUCGCCCAUCCCGCUGGUGCAGAACCGAGACUUUGAGAUGGUCGUGGCCGAGGAGGUGCGCAAUGACGGCACCGCGUGGGUGAAGGCCUUCUCCACGCCGCUUGGAUACAUUGAGCCGCUCGACCCGCAGCAGCCAAAGUACGUGCGCGCGCUGAUGCUCUUCUCCGGUAUUCUGGCGCAGCCCAUCACCGGCGAAGAGGGACAUGCGAGGUGCCGCUUGAGUUACGUCGCGCUCGUGCACCCAAUGGGGCUCCUCCCCUCGUUUGUGGUCAACAUGGUGCUAAGCGCCCAAAUGAACGCGCUGCGAAAACUCCAGCGCUUUAUUCUGGAGCAUCCCCUCGCCACACUGGCAGCGCCGACAGCGGAGGGCAGCGGCAGCCCACCCCGCGGUGCCGUCGUGGCAGCGAGCGAGAGCACAGGAAGAAAUACCGGAACAGAGAAAGAUGUCUCGCAACGUGUCCGUGCAACUGAGGACAGCGUCGACAAAACCGGUGGUAACAACAAUAACGGCAUCAACAACAUGCAGUCAACGAGGAACCGGAAGGUCUCUGGUGUGCGAAGUCGACUCUCUUUACUGAAGGGACGCGUGGUGAACAGGAUUCUGUCCAAUUUGUAG